UUUUGAAAGAAAGUUUUAAAGGAAUAAGGAUCCAAAUCACUUGUAAAUGGUGUGUGUGAGUUUAUUACAAAAAUAAAAAUAAUAAUUAAAAAAAAAAAUUCCAAUAACGCUAAACCCAUUCAAACUUCUCCUUGUGCUUUCUUUCUUUUAUUUCCUGUACCUCCAAAUCAUCCCAUCCAAACGAAGCCUAAAGAACAGUGAUACUCUCAAUUGGGUUCGCCGCCUUUGUUCUCCCCUGGCUGUGGCCUUCACUGCCGGCGCGUCGCUUAUGUUCUCCGUAGCCUCAACUCAGAUCAAGGCCAGUCUCUCUCUCAUUCUCUCCUCAAGUUUUGUCGUUACCUCUCAUUGUCGACCUUGUCGGAAAGGGCCUGUGUUUCAACGGAGCAGUGCUGUAAAACGAUUGCAACAACAGCCCAUCUCUAGUUUUAAGUUUUCUGACUACCUUGGGAAAAGUAGUACUUACUGCUUUGCCAUUGGAUUUGUUAACCAAUAGAGUUAAAUAUGGCUGAGCGGCUGCCGCUUGAUCAACAAAAUCCACUUGAUCCACAGCUGCAAUCUCCACUUCCACCAAAAGAGGACAUGAUUGCCUGUGUAAUGGCACUGGAGGCUGCUUUGCUUCCAUGCUUGCCCGCAAGAGAGCUCCAAGCAAUAGAUCGAUCUCCUCACCCUUCUCAUCAGAUCGAUGUCGAAAGGCAUGCAAGAGAUUUUAUGGAGGCUGCUAAAAAGCUUCAACUCUAUUUUGUUGGCCUUAAACGUGAGGAUCAACCAACCAAGGCAGAAACUCUUCAAAAGGAGAUUGCUGUGAUGGAAGAAGAGUUGAAGAUCAAGACUGAGCUUAUCAAGAAGCAAGAAAGAUUGAUUCAAGGGUGGAGAAAGGAGUUGAAGGACCAAUUGGACAAGCACAAUACUGAAUUAGAGAGGGUGUAGUAAUGGUUGAGAUUCAUUUUGUACUAAUUAGUUUAACACAUCAUUUUAGGGUUGAUGAGUUGAUGGACCAAUGGCUAAUGCGUUGCAUUGAUGAUCGUAUCUUUGUGUGCGCGCCUUUCCUCUAGAGCUUGUAGAAGUGCCUAUGACUAAACAUGGCUUGAACCACCGGGUCAAGGGUUCGAGACUGGAAUAGAAUAAAACCCAAUGCAUCACCGGUCUAGCUCUACCUUGGCGGCUUUGGGCCUUAACUGCUCCCAAGCUAUAGGUCAAGGUUUCGAGAUCAAUAGAAUACCAGUGAGCCCCAUAACUGCAUGUUCUUUCUCAGAAAAUAGCACGAACAUAUUUUUGCAUAGUCUUAAGGAAUUGUGGGACUCUAUGGAAAGCUUAUUUGCUGUAGAAUCUGGACUUCAUCACACUUGUUGUUAAACCCGAAUGUAGUUCCUCAAGCAAACGCGAUCCUAGGUUGCGUAAAACUAUAUUUGUGAAUACGUAUGGAUCUUAUUAUGAAUAUUGUUAUCAAC